UGGACACAUAUUUCUCGCGCGGCCAGCUGCGCAGCCAGAGCUUUGAAAAUGUCGCGCGCUGAUCACGGUACAUAACCUCCGGUUUUUCACAUUUCGCUUUCCGUUCUCUUUGAUUCUCAUUCCCGGCUCGUCCCUCAUUCUUCGGCGGUGAGCUAAUCUUUGAUCCUCGCGGAUGUGAUAGUGCGGAUUUAGUUUUUCCCCCGUUACUUUUGGUUCUUUUAGUUUUCAAAGCUCGCCGCUUGCCACUCAACCUGAACCGCCGGACUACUUAAAGCUAUUAAUGGCCCUACCGUUGUUUAAAAUAAUCAUUGGAUGCACAAUUAUUCUGAGUGAUUAUGUGUUCAGUAUAGGUGUAUUAGAGAGGUCAUCAAAUUGUCCCAAACCACCAGAAGAAUGUCCGAAUGUAAAUAUUACCUUCCACCUAUACAACAGGCGGAUAAAAAAUUACAAUGGCUACCAGUUGAAAGAAAAUGAUACAACAACGUUACAGAAUGCACCUUUCAUCAAAAAUAAACAAGUCAUUGUUUCCAGUCAUGGAUACACUGGGCAUCUGCAUUAUGCUCCCAACCCAGAGCUUAUUGACGCUUACAACAGGAUGCCGGACCCGGUGAACAUCAUCGUCAUCAACUGGGGGCGCCUGUGUCCGCAGCCGUGUUACACUCAGUCGGCCCGCAACGUAGCCCUCGUCGGCAACUGCUCGGCCCUCUUCAUCGAAGCCCUUCUCCAGCACCAGACCUGGUUCACACUCAAGGACAUCCAUUUCAUCGGCUUCAGCCUCGGGGCCCAGGUCAUGAGUCAGAUCUCCCAUAAACUUACCAUCGGCAAACCAUAUUGGAUCACGGCGUUGGAUCCAGCGUGGCCUUUGUUCGACACAAUGACGACAUACGCAGAGGAGCGACUGGACAUCACCGACGCGGAUUUUUUGGACGUUUAUCACACAAAUGCCGGCUACAAAGGACAACUCACGAGUAUCGGUCACGUUGACUUCUACGCCAAUCAUGCUCUACUACAGCCUGGAUGUGGCACAAACUCCUCCUGUAAUCACGUGCGGGCAGUUUACUACUACGCUGAAUCCAUCUACACGAAAGUAGGGUUUUACGCCUACUCGUGCCUCAGUAUUUUGACCCACCUCACAGGAUUCUGCAAACCUGGCCCAGGAGACGAGCUAGUCCUUCUGGGAGCGCAUGUAAACCAUAGUACCCGGGGGACAUAUUACUUCACAACGAAUGACCAGUACCCAUUCGCAAGGGGGAAGGUCUUUGACACGCAAGAAGAGCCCAUCCAAGCGGAACACCACAUGCAAUCGGUAGAGCCAGUUCAACCUAUGCAACGUCCACUUCCAAUUGAUCUCAGGCUCUCGGAAAUCAAAGCAUCGCCCAAGCCUUCCUCGUGAUAUUGACAUCAAUCAUACUUUACUCUUGGAUCAAACUCAGAGAAUGUAUUGCUGGUGUGCGGAAUGCCCAGCAGCCUGAUUCUGUGACUCACGCCGAAUGGACGUGUAACAAUUCUUGAAAGCUGGCCACACUGGGCUUCGUCCAUUUAAAUGGACAUAGAAAUCGGCAAUAUCGAUAAAAAUCGUUGUAAUCGAUUUCUAUUGAUUCUAAGUGAGGCAAGCUCCUCUCGACAUUUAUAAUGAAGUUAAAUCGAGGCAGAAGAGCAUUGCCAACUUUCAAGAAUAUGUAUUAAUUUUGAAUAGAGCGAAUUAAUGGGAGAAUUUUAAGUUUUUCAGUGAAAAUAUAUUAUUGACAUCAUAAUAUUGUCAACCAAUUUAUGGAAAGCUGUAAUAAAAAUCCAAUUUUUGAGAAUAAGCGCAUAAGAUAACGUGCAACUCACGAUUUGAAUCCAUAUUUUGAGAUGUGGACUAGAAUUAGACUACAAUGGAUAGCGUGAUGCGUAUCCACGCAAAUUGCCUUCUAGAUUACAAAUGUGUAGGAUAUGUUAUUAUUGUAUAAAUUGUUUUGGAAUUAUUUAAUUUUAAUUUAUAAAUCUCUGCAAAGUCAAAAACAUCUUAAGAUUCUCUAGUUCUGGUUUACUUUUAAAAUUGUAAACACCGUUGGUGCUGUUAUGCUGGAUUGCACCUUAAAUUCCCCAAAGCAUUCCUAAUUGUUCGGUUUCUUCUAUGAUGGUAAUCUUACAUCUAGAAAAGUGUUAUUAUUGGGGAUAUUGAAUUCCGUUAAGCAUGCGAAUUUCAUCUAGAUUUUAUCAAGGAAGAAGGGAGAAACCCUUGCAAAAUAACAAUGCAUUGUGUAUUCGCACACGCUUCAAAA